AUGGGACUGAGGCGAGGAAAGAAGACCGACUCAGGAGAGGAAGCAUCUCCUCACUUUUCGCUCCGUAACCCCCUUUUCCCGAAACACGAGGAGAGGUCACCCAAGACUGAGAAAGACGCUGAAGACGCGGAGGGGGUAACCGUGGAGGAGAACAAGGAGGCGAAUUAUGACCGCUCGAAGCAUGAACGCUACAUCCGCCAUGGAAAAAAGGGGGACGGCCACGCCAAUAGAGCGAUUUUGACAACGCUCAAAAAGAAUCCGUUCUCGAAGAAGAAAGGAAAUAGUGAAUUCUGCGUCGAGGACAGCCCAGCGACAUUGCCGCACGAAACGCAACAGGCUUCGACAAGCGAUGAGACCAACACGGGUCGCCGUGAUGCUCCAGUCAGUGUCACCCACAAGGCUCCUGUGUUCUCCAAGGGGGAAAGGGACUCCACACAACUGCUUUAUCCUCCUUCUCAGCCUGUUUCGCAGUCAAACAUGUGCCAGCUAUCGGAUUCCCUCCUGUUUGGCAUUUCCACUGACAAAAACUGUGGAAGCUUUGAGAGAGGAGACAGUGGAACUGAGCAAAGGGGCCAGACCUCCCCGUGGGGAGCCACUCUUGGCUACCACCGCUCCUUCAGGGAAAGACUGGCAGAUUCAGAGAUCAUCGGAACCCGAAAACAAGAAGACGGACCGUUUCAGCCCAGGUUCCCGGUUGGUGCCGCCGAGAAAACCUUGGCCGUCCCUGCCUCUGCAUCGAUUCAAGAGCCAGACCCCCCAAUGAUGAUCCACCGAUACGACAAAGAAGCUGGCAAGAUUUUGCAGCCUGUCACAGUCGCGGAUGUGUGCGCGGAGGCGGCCCAGAGCGAGAGACAACAGCAGAUUAUGGAGAGUCUCCGCGGCAAGACAUGGCGGGAAAAGCUGCAGUGGGGUCUAGACACGAAGAACCUGGGAAACAGCCUGUACCAACAGAAGAAAUACGCGGAGGCCACAAAGGCGUACCAGGACUGUCUUCUCGCGCUGGACCUCGGCUCUAGCGCCGACGUGCAAGAAGCAGCUCAACAGCAGCUUCAGAUUCCGGUCGUUCUCAAUCUCGCUGCGUGCAUGCUCGCCACAAAGGCCUAUGAACGAUGCAAGGCGCUAUGCAACGUGGCUCUAGACCUCGAGCCUCAUUCGCUUAAGGCGAUCUUCAGAAGGGCCCUCGCGUGCUUCCAUCUGGGCGAGCUCGAAGAGGCGAAGCAAGACUUCAGGCACGCAUACUCCAUGUGCGCCUCCUCGCCUCCACCCGAAGUAGAGAGCGACGUGGAGACCCUCGAACAGCGACAUCCCACGAAACUCGAAACGAAGUCGCACUCCCUCUUGAGCGUGAAGAGCAACAAAGACUUCGUGAGCGGAGUUCCCGCCAACGCAGACGACAGAGAAAAGUUCCUCAAGAAAGUCAGGUACUAUCUGCAUGCCAUCGCCCAGCAACAGCAGCGCUACGCGAAGGCUUGCCAGAAAAUGUUUCAGGAUGAGUUCCCAGACGGGGUUGACCAAACUGCGGAGGGCAACGACGGAAGAGCGGGACUGGGUCGCCUCUCCAGCAACGCGCCUUGGAUGUCUCCGCUUGCCAUCUUCAAAGGCUCAAAGUGCAGCUUCUGUGCGCGAAGAGCGGGCAAAAAAGACCCUAAAUCCAAGUAG